AUGACCGUCCCGCCGCUGCUAUUGCCAAGCACACUGCUCCCACGGCUCCUCCUCCUGCUCUCGCCGGACCUUGGCGUCGAGAUACCUUCGUUGUUGCUUCUUGCGCAUAAUGAUACGUGGCUCGUGCCUCGCAUAAUCGGGCUCCGAGAUGUAGUACCUGUCCUCGUCGUCGUCUUUUCUGGCUCGCUUUCUACCCAUAUUGCGGAGCCGGGCAGUUCGGAAGACUGGGACUCCACCAAAUACGACUCCACCGAAUACGACUCCACCGAAUACGACUCCAAUGAACCUGUCCACGACUUGGAGAAGGGCUACUUCGAAGAGUACGAGCUGGCUUUAAACGACCCGGACGAAAGCUCCGAUCCGAAAAAGGGCGAUAAGUUCGGACAACCGCACGAGGCCGAUGACUUCGAGGCCGAUUACUCCGAUCCGGAAGAGGGCGACGAGGACGACAGAAGCAGUCCGAUGGGCUUCGGCAUGACCGACUAUGGUCCGGAGAUGUACAACGUCACCGAGUUGUUCGACCGUGAGGGGUACUUCAAGAGGCUGAAUCUCGACCGACUCAAAGAUCUGGCACAGACAACGCAAGACUCAUACAAGCAAGACGGCGCAAUCGACAAGUCCUUGGUUGGAAACCUACUCGAAGCCUACACGGACCACCACUUACAGGAGGGGUACGCUGAGGAGGAUUCUGGAGAAUGA